AUGAAUGUUUCCUUGAUUGCUGCGCACAAUUCUACUGAAGAAGCACUUGCUCUUCUCAGGUGGAAAUCUAGUCUUCAAAAUCAGAAUCAUUCUUCCCUAUCUUCAUGGACUAUUUAUCCAUUUAAUGCCACCAAUAUUUCUAGCAACCAGAAAACCCAAAUAAGUCCUUGUUCUUGGUUUGGAAUUCAUUGUAACCAUGCUGGAAGUGUCAAUAGCAUUAACCUGACCAAUUCAAGUUUGAAAGGUACGCUUCAAGAUUUCUCAUUCUCAAUGUUUCCCCACCUUGCAUAUCUUGAUCUUAGAAUCAAUCACCUUUUUGGUAUCAUCCCACCUCAAAUCGGUAAUCUUUCAAAGCUCAAGUAUCUUGAAUUGUCAAUUAAUCAGUUUUCUGGCAAAAUACCACAGGAAAUUUGCCUCCUAACUCAUCUCAGUAUCCUUCACUUUUCCAUGAAUCAGUUAAGCGGCACAAUUCCUGAAGAUAUAGGCCUGUUGAGUUCUCUUACUAAGCUUUUCUUGGACCAAAACCACUUGGACAGUUCAAUGCCCAAAUCUUUGGGUAACUUGAGCAACUUAAAGUCUUUGGUUCUUUAUGGAAACAAGCUUUCUGGUAUUAUUCCUGCGGAGAUAGGUAACUUGGAAAACCUUGUAUCUUUAUCCUUCAGUGAAAAUAAACUGCAAGGUUCCAUUCCUCCUUCCAUUGGCAAUCUUAGCAAUUUACAGCUUUUGUACCUAUACAAGAAUCGUCUUUCUGGGUCCAUUCCUCAGGAGAUAGGGAACUUAAAUUAUCUUUUCAAUCUAGAUUUGAGCGAAAAUCAAUUCAGUAAUCAUAUUCCUACCUCCAUUGGUAAUAUGAGCAACUUAGAAAUUUUACACCUGUUUAACAACAGUCUCAGUGGCUCCAUUCCUAAAGAAAUAGGAAAUUUGAAUUAUCUUAUCGAUUUAGCAUUGUCCGAAAAUCGAUUAUAUAAUUCUAUUCCUCUCUCUAUUGGUAACUUGAGCAAUUUACAAACAUUGUGCCUAUACGACAAUAGUCUUUCUAGCUCCAUUCCUGAAAAAAUAGGAAACAUGAAUGAUCUUUCCGAGCUAGAUUUGAGUGGAAAUCAACUCAAUGGUUCUAUUCCUCACUCUUUUGGUAAUUUGAGCAUCAUGCAAUCGUUAGCCUUGGAAAACAAUAGUCUUUCUGGCUCCAUUCCAAGUGAAAUAGGAAACUUGAAUAAUCUUUUCAAUCUAGUUUUGAGUAAAAACCAGUUCAAUGGUUCCAUCCCUCUCUCCUUUGGUAACCUCAGCAACUUACAAAUUUUGUUCCUAUUCAAGAAUCAUCUUUUUGGUUAUAUUCCUAAGGAGAUAGGAAACUUGAAUUACCUUUCCAAUCUAGAUUUUAGCGCUAAUCAAUUCAGUGGUUUUAUUCCUCUCUCCUUUUGUAAUUUGAGCAACUUGGAAAUCUUAUCUCUAUAUGGUAAUUAUCUUUUUGGUCCUAUUCCUAAGGAGAUGGGAAAUUUGAAAUCUCUUCAUGAAAUACUAUUGACUGAGAAUCAACUUAGUGGUUCCAUCCCUCCUUCACUUGGAAAUUUGAGCCAUUUACGAAUUUUGUAUCUUGGUGAUAACAAGCUUUCCGGAUUGUUUCCCCAAGGGAUUGGAAAUUUAAUGAAGUUGAAUGAACUUCAACUAGGCAAUAACCAACUGACUGGAUAUUUGCCCCAUAAUAUCUGCCAAAGUGGAUUAUUGAAGAAAUUAACUGCUUUCAACAACCAUUUUCUAGGUCCAAUCCCGGAAAGCUUGAGAAGCUGUAAAAGUCUGAUAUCAGCCACAAUCAAUUCUUUGGGGAAAUAUCAUUUAAUUGGAAACAGUCCCAACAGUUAG